CUGAUCCCGAGUUCAAGUGUGAUGCAAGAGAUCGGUGAGAUCAUGAUCAUGAUAAAGCUGACAACAGUCAUGACUCAUGAGUGGAUCCAAAACUGAAAAGGGGAGGAAUAAUACGUACCUGGUGUUAAACCGAUGGCAAGUGGGGAAACUGUGAGACUAGUCUUUGUUGGUUGUGGCCUCAUUGCUAGACACCACUUAAGAGCAUUGCAAGAGAGUGGCUAUGCCUAUAGUGUUUGUGGGGCUGUGGACAAGAACUUGGACACAGCUGAAGCGCUAGUUGCAUCUCUCCCAAAGGUGUCUGAUUGCAAGGUUUUCACGUCUUUAGCUGACUGUUUGCACUGGGGACAGUUUGAUGCUGCUGUAAUCAUGCUCCCUCAUCACCUUCAUGAGCCAUACACCACCGAGUGCCUGCUGGCAGGAAAGCACGUACUACUUGAGAAGCCACUUGCUCACACUCUUUCCUCCUGUGUCGAACUAAUGAGGGUGGCUGAAAAGGCAGAUGCAGUGCUUAUGAUUGGAGAACAGUCUGCUUAUUGGCCUGAGGUGGUAAAAGCGAAGGAGUUGAUUGAAUCUGGUGAAAUAGGGCAGCCAUUGUUUGCGAAGGCUAACUACUGGGAAUCAGCUUGCAGUGCGUUCAAUACUACCUUUGGUACUACGGCAGAGGAUGACUGGAGAUGUGACCGUGAGAAAGUGGGAGGAGGUGUAUUGAUGGAUGGAGCCACUCAUUGGGUCAGGCCGUUAAGGACCUGGUUUGGGGAUGUCAAGGAAGUAGUUGGUGUGGUGUGUCACCCUUUGCAGCAGCGUACAGGUGAAAUUCUAGCUAGUGUUCUCCUCCAAUUCUCAAGUGGGAUCACAGCCUCUCUGUAUUGCCAUAGAAACGGUAUUCCUAUGCAUCCACUUCCAUUCUUCCAAAUAUUUGGAGAAAAGGGUGAAAUCACAAUCGACGGUGAUUUUUCGGGAGGGAUGAGUGUUAUAACUAUAAAUAACUCAGAAGGAAAACGUUUUGACUCUCUUGGUGGAUACAACAAAGGGUUUUCACAGCAAAUGAAGGAGUUUCUAAAGGCCAUCCACAAAGGACAAAGAGGUGUGGAUAGCUGCAAGGAAGCACUUGGGGAAGUUCUAGUAGCAAAAGCAGUGUACAAGUCUGUGCGCACUAGAAAAUGGGAACAAACAACACUGGACAAUUUGUUUGACACUAGUAGUCAGAGUGAAGUGAGCUAGCAAAUGCGUGUAUAUAAUUUCUAAUUACAUCAUAAAUGUGA